UUGAAAGCAGAACGGAAUUCACCCCACCAAGCAACCUCUUUAUCUCUCUCUCUCUCUCUCUCUCUCUCUCUCUCUCUCUAUUUCUUCCUCAGAUACACACACAGAUUACUUAUAAGGGUUUGUUAGCCUAGACGUUGCAUCAAUCUCUGGUAGAGAGACCUCUUUGCCCAAACCUUCUAGCUUCUGCCCUGCUGCCUUUGCCUUUAGCUUUCUAACGGAAAACACCUCUUUAUAUUCUCCUUUCUCUGUCUUCUUUCUCAUCAUCUUCAUCUUCUUCUUAUCUUUUUUGCCCUUCACAACUUAUUUUACGCUCUUCCCACUUCAACCCAUACCUUCUUUUCUAUGCUUUUGCAGAGUUUAAUUGCUACCUCUUUAAUUUAUUUGGAUCCUUGAACUAGCUAGCUAGCUAGGGUUUUCUGCUACUACUGUUUUAUUUGGAUUCUUUGGUCUUCUUGUAUAAUUAGAAAAUCAUCAGAUGUGUACCAGAGGUCAUUGGAGGCCAGCUGAAGAUGAGAAGCUUAGAGAGUUGGUCGAACGCUAUGGUCCUCAUAACUGGAACGCCAUAGCCGAAAAGCUUCAAGGAAGAUCAGGGAAGAGCUGUAGGUUGAGAUGGUUUAAUCAGCUGGAUCCAAGAAUCAAUCGAAGCCCUUUUACAGAAGAGGAAGAAGAGAGGCUUCUUGCAUCUCAUCGGAUUCAUGGGAAUAGAUGGGCUAUUAUUGCAAGGCUUUUCCCUGGUCGAACAGAUAAUGCUGUGAAGAACCACUGGCAUGUUAUUAUGGCAAGAAAAUGCAGGGAAAGAUCCAGACUUCAAGCUAAAAGAGCUGCUCAAACUUUAGUUAACGACCAAAAAUUUUCCUCCUCCUCCUCCAAACAAGAUCGUGUGUUGUUCAAUCCUGAAACUGCCAAUAAUCUUGCUUCAUUUGUUGAUAAAUACUGCGAUAGAUACUAUAAUCAGUAUCCUUUCCCUCGCAACUAUCUUCGGCCCUUUUGCCAAGCCAGUGAAAAUAAUCCCAGUCUCUGUGAAGGUAAAAAACAGGCGAUAGAGUUUUAUGAUUUUCUGCAAGUAAACACAGACUCUAGCAGAAGUGAAGUGAUAGACAAUGCAAGAAGGGAAGAUGAGGAAGUAGAACAAGAAGCCAUGGAACAGCAGAGAAAAGCUGGUUUGCAAUUCAUUGAUUUUUUAUCAGUCGGGAACUCUUCGUAGCACAAGUCUCUGAGGAUGAUGAUGAUGAUGAUGAUGAAUUGACUUUAGAUUAUACAUUGUAAGCAUAACUAAUUUAAGAAACAUAUAUAUAAAUAUGCAACAAUAUGUAGGUAAGCAUGCAGAACUUGUAUGCAAGAUCAUAUAGAAAGCAAAAGCUUUAUGUGCAAGGAUGUGUUAAUGUAAAUCCAUAUACAGUAUAACGUUGAACAGGCUUAAAUCUUCCAAUUCCACCAUCUUAAUUUGUUGAUUAUUCCAUUAA